AUGUCAACCAGUAAUAUCGAAUAUCUUGACUCUAAGGUCUAACAAAUGAAUCUCGCUACAUUCAGCGAGGAAUAAAUAUCAUUUUAAUUAGACAAAAGCCGCGUUGUUGAGCUCGAAAGUGAAAACAAUACUCUCAAGCUUUAGAUGAAGACGAAGGAGCAAAGUUGGAAUAAAGAUCGCGCAAUUCUUACUUAGAAGAUAGAAUUACUUGAGAGCCAUAUUCAUGAGAGUAAAAUAAGAUAAGAAAAUCUUUAAAAAAUGAAUGAAGCGUUUAUGACUACCUUAAACGAUCUAACAGCCAAUCCUAAAAAUUUCUCAAAUAAGAUGCUUAAGGAGUUAUAGCAGCUAUUUGAAAACAGAAUAUCAAUGGAUCCAGAUACUGAAUCUAAAUUAUAAAAAAGUGCAUUAACUAUCAAACAACAGUAAGAAGAGAUUGAAGAUCUCAAGAAGAAAAUCACAUAAUAUGAGUAAGAAAUUCAGUUUUUAAGGAUGAAGCUAUCAGAAAAUGAGAAAAUUAUAGAAAAUAGUUUGUCAAGAUAACAAUAAGAUCUUGCAAUGCUUUCAUAAGAAAAAGAAAAAGAAAAUAAGAAAAUUAUAGAGAAAGAAAAUGCUAAAAUAAAGCAAAUGUAUGAGAAGGAAAUGCUUAGCCUUUAAAAAAAGUAUUAAGAUGCACUUAAUCAAAUUGCAUAAAACUAAUAAGGAAGAAGUUAUUAAGAAUAAGAGCAGGAUAAUGAUGAAAUUAGCAGACUCAAUAGUAUUAUUGAUUCUAUGACUCAAAAUCACAAAUUAGAAAUUGAACUUAUCCGUUAAUAGACUUCAAAUGAAAUUAAAAAUAUGGAGAAUAAAUAAAAACAAAUCGAAUAAAAUUCUUUAACAUUGUCAGCUAAUAAAUAGGAACCUAAUGCUUUACUUUAGAAAAUUUAGUAGCUAGAAGAAGAAAAGAGUACAUUGUCUUCUCAAUUGUAAAGCGUAAUUACUAAAUUUUAGUAAAUUUCAAAUUAAAAUUCCGGUAUUAACGCUGCUCUCUAACUCAAAGAAUCCCAGAUAGAAGAUUUGAAGACUAAAAUGGCAUAAUUGUAAGCAAAUUUACCUUUAACAUCUUAAGACUUUUUUGAUGUUGAGUUAUAAAUCAGUCGCAUAGAACCAGAAAGAUCAAAGAGAAGAAGUAUAGUAAAUGAAUCUAUCAUAUCUAAUAUGACUCCUAUGAAUAGAGAUAACAAUCAGCCUAGCUUAAAUAUUUUUGGUAAUAGUUUGGGAUUUAAUGGAUUAGCAAAUGACAAUGGAUUAAGUAAUAACGCAAGUAUUAAUAGCUUUGCUUAAAAUAGCUAAAAUACUUUGUAAGUUUGUCAAAUAGAUAGUGCUAUGAAUAACGGAAAUGGAAAUAUAAUCUACUAAACUCCAAGUAUGGGAAAUUAAAUCCCUUAUUAUCAGAGUAAUUAUUCUAGUGUUUAAAGCUAGAAUUAGAAUAUAAUCCCAUAAGGCUUCGGAUUAACUCAGAGUAUCUAGUUUAAUAAUAUCAAUAACAAUGGAAACUAGAGGAUAGAAUAAUAAAAAACCAGUGCUAAUUAAUAAUUUGCUUUUAUGAGAUAGGGAUCAUUAGCUAGUUCUGAACUUUCUAAUUGUGAUACUUUCGGUAAUCCAAGUGCUGUAAAAAAUAAAAGAGUUAUCUCAGCUUCUACAUCUUCUAGCAAUCUUGUAAAAGAUUUUAUUCAUUCAAAUGGAAAUGGUGGAAUAUAAGUAUUAGAUAUGAAUGCUUAAAACUUUUUAAAAACCGAUUAAUCUACUUAAUCUUAAAAUUCUCAUCAUCAACAACAAAUUACAAUGGAUACUUCUAUUGAAAAGAGAUAAUGCAAAGCUGGUUAAAUUACUUCUAAAAAGAAGCUCUAAAGCAUAGAAAACAUAGAAUCUUAAGCAUCUCUUCAUAACUUAAAAACAGAAGAUACUGUAAUAAAAAGAGAAAGGACAACUACAACAUCAGCAAGCUACCAUAGUGGAGCAGGAAACAGCCACUCUUUAACAAAUAUAAUGCAAUUUAAGAAUGGCAGUAGCGAACUGCAAUUCUAGAAAGGUAUUCAUUAAGAGUUGACGAAUAAGGCUCUCACUUUGCAAUAAAUUUAAAUGCAGAAAAAAUAAAAUAACCAAAAUUUAAGAAAUUAGUCUUUAAAUCCAAGUAAGUCGACUGAAUCAUAGUAAUAAAAUUAACAUUUGAAGUUGCAGCACAAUAAAAACCAAAGUUUAUCAAACAAUAAUAUUCCUAUGAGUACAAACGAAUUAAAAAAAUCAAUUAUUGAAUCUUCAAAUAUAACUAAUACUACUCAAAAUAACAUAUCUUAAUGCAACUUAAAUUAUUACAAUUCAAAUCAAUCAAUUAUUUCUCAAAGCAAUUUGCUAGGAGGAUCAUAAUCAUUUAUCAAAAGCAACCCUAUGAGCUAAAGCUCACUCCUUAAUUAAGAAUAAUCUUUCUUAGUCAAGGCUAUUCAGGAAAAUAUGCAAGAAAGAAUGACAUUAGAGGAAAAAAUGAAAAAUUUAGAAACUGAAGUGUAAAACUACAUUAUGAUAAAUUAGUAAAAAUAAAAAGGUUCUUUGACAUCUGCUUCGUCUUUUUCAUAGCUAGUUUAAUAAGUUAUGAAGGAAUUAUACUCAAAAUAACUAAAUAAAAGUAUUUUCUAACUAAGCAAAGAAGAAAGAGAAAGAGUCUUAAAACAGGAAAUAAAAGCUUUAGUUGACAAGAUUAUGAUUAAACCUCUUUAAUAAAGACAGUAGUCAUAGGAAAACAAAUCAAUUAUAAUUAAUCAAACCUUAAAUAAAUCACUUUCAAUAGAAGAUGGGAUAAUGAGGGAAUCUAAAUCACCAAGAUAUAACUAAUCCAGUACAAAUAUAGGAGUUUCAAAUAUUCUCAAUUCUUCAUCUCUCUCCUUCUCAUAGAAUAAAGGAUAACUAAAGUCAAAUAGCAAUCUAUUAAGUCGCAUUUAAGUCAAACCUAAUUCAGUAACAAAUAUCCAAUCACAAUCAUUAGGAGUAGAUGUUUCGACUUUCUUUGAAAAAAAAUCAAAUCAAUUUAAUCUCAACGGAUCAUAAAGCAGAAAUAAUAGAAUAUUGAAUUGA